CGGUGUUUUGUACUACAGGUCAUCUACAGCUGUUCUUGCUGGUUCAGAUCCAAAACUCUCCAAGAUGUCUUUCUCCUCCAGAUCCUUUGGCCAGAGGUCCACUGGUCAGAAGACCAUGAGUGUCUACGGCGGAGCAGGAGGUUCUGGCACCCGCAUCUCCGUAGGCCAGAUUGACUACUUGUCCCGUUCAGGAGCCAUCAAUAAUCUCGAUCUCCACGUUGAUGCCAACGAGAAGGCCACGCUUCAGAACCUGAACGACCGUCUGGCCUCCUACCUGCAGAAGGUGCGCAAGCUGGAGAAGGAGAACGAACAGCUGGAAAAGCAGAUCGCUGAGUGGUACACAAGCAAAACUGUGAUCAGCCAUGAUUACAGUGCCUACAUGGCCACCAUCGAAGAUCUGCAGAACAAGAUCCGAGAAGCCACCAUGGUCAACGCAAGGAUCUACUUGGAGAUUGACAAUUCAAAACUGGCUGCUGACGACUUUAAAAUGAAAUUUGAGACCGAGCUAAACAUGAAGCAGGCUGUAGAGGCCGACAUCGCUGGACUGAAGAGAUUUUUGGAUGAUCUCACUAUGUGCAAAAUGGAUCUGGAGAGUCAGCAGGAGACUCUGAGGGAGGAGCUCAUCAUGCUGAAGAAGAACCAUGAGGAGGACUUGGCUCAGCUGAGGAACCAGAUGAGCGGCCAGGUCAACGUGGAGGUCGACGCUGGUUCUCAAGUUGACCUGAACCGGAUCAUGACGGAGAUCAGGGAGCACUACGAGGCUCUUAUUGCCAAGAACCGCAAGGAUCUUGAGCAGUGGUACCAGAACAAGGUCAUAGUGGUGGAGAAGGGUGUAGCAGAACAAACAAGCAAUCUUCAGACAUCCCACACUGAGAUUAAAGAACUGAAGAACACCCUGCAGAAAUAUCAGAUUGAACUGCAGUCACAUCAGAGUAUGAAAUCGUCUCUAGAAGCAUCUCUGCUAGAGACUCAGCGACGGUUUGCUGCCCAGCUAACAGGUCUGCAGGAUGUCGUCACGGGCCUGGAAGCUCAGUUGUCAAGUCUGAGUGAAAACAUCAGAGAAAACGAAUUGAAGUACGGCAAUCUUCUGGACAUCAAGACCCGUCUGGAGGCGGAGAUUGCAGAGUACAGGAGGCUGCUUGAUGGGGAGGACUUCAGCAGCUCUAAACAAGUGGUCACAAAGACCAUCGUUGUGGAGGAGACAAUUGUGGAUGGAAAGGUGGUGUCUUCCUCAUCUUCCUCGUCUUCCUCUAAAGUGUGAAAAAGCACGAGCAAAAUUUAAUAAAGGUCUUGCAGUCGAA